CUCGCCAUGCCCGCGGGCUGAGCACGCCGCGCACGCCUCCCUUCCACGGGCCCCCACCAUGGUGCUGCCGCCCCCGGACAGGCGUCACGUGUGCCUGACCACUCUGGUGAUCAUGGGCAGCAUGGCCGUGAUGGACGCGUACCUGGUGGAGCAGAACCAGGGCCCGCGCAAGAUCGGCGUGUGCAUCAUCGUGCUGGUGGGCGACGUGUGCUUCCUGCUGGUGCUGCGCUACGUGGCCGUGUGGGUGGGCGCCGAGGUGCGCACGGCCAAGCGCGGCUACGCCAUGAUCCUCUGGUUUCUCUACAUCUUCGUGCUGGAGAUCAAGCUCUACUUCAUCUUCCAGAACUACAAGGCGAGCAGGCGCGCGGGUGGCGGCGGCGCGGCCGAGCCCGUGGCCCGCAAGGCGCUGACGCUGCUGCUGUCCGUGUGCGUGCCCGGCCUGUUCCUGCUGCUCGUGGCGCUGGACCGCAUGGAGUACGUGCGCACCUUCCGCAAGCGCGAGGACCUGCGCGGCCGCCUCUUCUGGGUGGCGCUGGACCUGCUGGACCUGCUGGACAUGCAGGCCAACUUGUGGGAGCCUCCGCGCACCGGGCUGCCGCUGUGGGCCGAGGGCCUCACGUUCUUCUACUGCUACAUGCUGCUGCUCGUGCUGCCCUGCGUGGCGCUCAGCGAGCUCAGCAUGCAGGGCGAGCACAUCGCGCCGCAGAAGAUGAUGCUUUACCCGGUGCUCAGCCUCGCCACGGUCAACGUGGUGGCCGUGCUGGCGCGCGCCGCCAACAUGGCCCUGUUCCGCGACAGCCGCGUCUCGGCCAUCUUCGUGGGCAAGAACGUGGUGGCGCUGGCCACCAAGGCCUGCACCUUCCUGGAGUACCGGCGCCAGGUGCGCGACUUCCCACCGCCGGCGCUGGCCCUGGAGCUGCAGCCGCCUGCGCCGCAGCGCAGCAACCCCGGCCCCCCACCGCCGUCUGCGCCCCUGCACGGGCCCCCUGGCCGGCCUCGCGGGCCGUCGCCCUCUCGCGGAGACGCGCUGGACACGUGACGGGAUGGGGUGGGGUGGCCUCGGCCGCUUCUUCAUCUCAGGAAUCCCUCGGGCCCAUGGACCCUGCUCGGGAGGGAAGGGAAGACAGACGGACGGAUGGACGCACGAUCGCACACACGUGGUGGGCGGAGGCCGGGCGCGGGGCACUGCUGGGUGGGGGCCUCUGUUGUUUUAAAGACUCGUGUUUACAGUUUCGUA